CCACCGUAGGCGUCGCGGGGCGGUGCGAGGCAGGGCGGGGCGGGGUCCGUACUGCAGCACCCGCUUUUGCAGUCUGGACUAGGUGUGGGGUGCAGAAACCCAGAGCAGGAGGCCCCUUCGCCUGAUCAAGAUCCGCAAGGAGAGCGCCGAGUCAGAGUGGCCCGCAGCAGGUGUGGGCAGUGUGGGCAGUGUGGGCAGCCCACCCGGGAGGGAGCCCCUUUCAGAUCCUCUUGUUAAAGAAAAAGAGCAGCAGAGAACGCCGUGGGGGCUCCGGACCGAACGCUGGAGAUUACAAGAGGAGUCAUGUCAGAAGAAACAGUAAGGGAAUCACAGUUUUCCUUGAAGACAGCAGCAUUAAGAGUGUUUGAUCUUCCUCUGUCUUGGUACAAUUCUCUUUCUCAGAUCAAAUUUUCGCCGGUAGCUAAAAAGUUGUUUGUUGUAACUGCAGUGAGUGCUAUAUCUGUAGUUUUUCUGGCCCAUCACUUUAAAAGAAAACGUGGAAAGAAGAAAGGAAAAAUAUUACCAUGGGAACCAGAGCACCUCUUACUGGAGUACACUAAAAGAGCAGCAUCAGACAAAGGUUCAAGUUGUUCCAGUAGUAGACAGAAUUUGACAUUAUCUUUAAGUUCCACCAAAGACAAAGGAUCUCAGUCUUGUAACUUUGCUAAUGGAGGACUUUUCAGUAAAUACUCAGGUUCUGCACAGAGUUUGGCUUCUGUCCAGAGUGUCAAUUCCUGCCAUAGCUGUGCUUGUGGCAAUUCUAAUUCCUGGGACAAAGCGGAUGAAGAUGAUGUUAAACUUGUAAAUAUUCCUGUGACCACUCCUGAGAACUUAUACUUAAUGGGUAUGGAAUUGUUUGAAGAGGCAUUGCGUCGAUGGGAACAAGCUCUAACCUUUCGCAAUAGACAGGCUGAAGAUGAAGCCUGCGGUUCCAUUAAACUGGGUGCUGGGGAUGCCAUUGCUGAAGAAAGUGUAGAUGAUAUUAUUAGUACUGAAUUCAUCCAUAAACUUGAAGCUCUGCUACAAAGAGCAUAUCGUCUCCAAGAGGAGUUUGAAGCUACCCUUGGGGGGUCUGAUCCUAAUUCCCUUGCUAAUGAUACUGACAAAGAUACAGACACUACUGUAAAGGGAACCGUGGAUGACUUUGGCCUACGAGACACUUCCAGCGUUGCAUCAACUGAUUCCUUUGCUUCGGUAGCAGAGCUUGCAGAACACAGAGAAAUACGGCAUACCUACAGCUUGGAAUCUUUUUGCCGCUGCCCUUUUUAUGAAGAAGCCAUGCAUUUAGUUGAAGAAGGAAAAAUUUACUCCAGAGUACUGAGAACUGAAAUGUUGGAGUGCCUGGGAGACAGUGAUUUUCUUGCCAAACUUCAUUGUAUUCGACAGGCUUUUCAGGUGAUUCUUUCAGAAACAGCCAACAGGAUAUUCCUUGCAGAGAGUGGAAGGAAAAUUUUGUCAGCUUUAAUUGUGAAAGCACGAAAGAAUCCAAAGAAGUUUGAAGAUGUUUUUGAUGAAAUGAUGUAUUUUUUAGAGCAAACUGAUCACUGGGCUAGUACUGAAAUGGAACUUGCUGCCAGAGGGGUGAAAAAUCUAAAUUUUUAUGAUGUUGUUCUGGAUUUUAUAUUAAUGGAUUCUUUUGAAGACCUAGAAAACCCACCAACAUCCAUACAGAAUGUAGUAAAUAAUCGCUGGCUGAACUCUUCCUUCAAAGAAACUGCUGUGGCUUCAAGUUGUUGGUCAGUGCUGAAACAGAAAAGGGAACAGAUGAAGAUCCCAGAUGGAUUUUUUGCCCAUUUUUAUGCCAUUUGUGAGCACAUAAGCCCUGUCCUCGCUUGGGGCUUUUUGGGUCCUAGAAAUUCUCUUUAUGAUUUAUGUUGCUUCUUUAAGAAUCAAGUUAUUUUCUUUCUCAAAGACAUUUUUGAUUUUGAGAAGGUGCGCUAUUCAAGUAUAGAGACUUUGGCUGAAGACCUCAUGCAGUUACUCAUUCGCCGCAUGGAACUUUUAAUGGCCUAUCUUGGAGCAGAUGCCCUGAGACACACGAGUAGCUGUUUAAGUGGUCAUGGUCAUGUUAUAUCCAGUGGGCUAUUGGAAGCCAAAGUACAAUAAGUACCAUAAGAAUCAUACAUUUUGAGAGUGGUAUAAAAUAUUUUAAGGUAACUAUUGAUUUUGUAAUAUGUAUUACAGAAUUGGUGGAUGUGGACUCAGGGAGGGGAAAAAAUCUAGUAAAGAAUGAAUGAAUAAAUAAGUACUGUACUUAUACAGAAAUUCUUUGCAUCCCUGUGUAGUAUAUUCAGAGCAGCUUUUUAAUAAUCUAGGUAGUAAUUUAAGUUGUGAAUUGUGAAUUCUAUAGGAGUAUUGCUUAAUUUGAAGCCAAUACUUGGGAGUUAAUUGAUUUAUCAUCUUCAAGCUGUCAGAAAUGUCCAGUGUCAUACUUAAAAGGUUUGUUUUUAUUCUUUGCACCUUGAAAAUAUACAUUUUAGCCAAGUCCUUCAUGGUCCACAUAUGCAAGAAUAUAUUACAACACCUUUGUGGUCCAUACAUAGAAGAAUAUAUUACUCCUAGUGUCAAUAUGUUUAACUGCCUGAAAACGUGUUUUUUAACUGUAAAGUUAUUCAUUUGUUAGAUCAAAUUUAGGCAGUAGUGGCAUUUAAUGUGUACUGCUUAUAUUAUUGCCUGUAUGUUUGUUUAUGUAUUUCAAUCAGAGAAAUUGUAAUCACUGAGUAUCAAUAUAAAACAUUUAGAUGAAUUGACACUUGAGAAGUUUACAACUUGUAACUUUAUGUUAGAUUAAUUGUAGUUUCCAAAAUAUGUUAACUGUUGGUCCUAUGAAUUACAAUACAGAGACUGAAGUACUUUAAUCUUUUAAUAGUUAGAACAUUUUUCUCUUGAAUUAAUAUUGAUUCAAAAGAUAGCAUUUGUUUACUAAGAAAAGCAAUUUAAAACAUACCCUUUAUAAAUGUAAUUUUGAGACUGACUCCCAACACCUGAGGUAUUCAAACUUGGUAACAGUAAAAUAAUUUCUCUUUUAUUCUUCCACAAAACAAGUUUUUAGUUACUCUCAUAGGGGACUCAGCACACUGGGAAUUUGUUAUAGUAUGCCCAUAUUUUUAAGAUGUUCAUACUUUGAGUCAUAGGUUUUUUUUUAUUGUUAUUCUUUGUUUGUAGUGCUGGGAUUGAACUCAGGGGUGCUUUACCACUGAGCUACAUUCCUAGCCCUUUUUUAAAAAAAAAAUAUUCUUAUUUUGAGGCAGAGUCUCGCUAAGUUGCUGAGGCUGGCCUUGAACUUGAGAUCCUCCUGUCUCAAUCUCCCAAGUAGCUGGAUUACAGGCAUAAGAUACUGCACCCCACUGAAUCUUGGUGAGGUUUUAAAGAAUUUUUUUUUUCUUUUUUUUCCUCUGAUAAAGAACAAAAUAUUUUUAAUGAUAUGGAAGUAUAUUCUGUGUCCUCUAUGACAAGUGUAUGAACAAGUGGGUUGUUCUUGAGUGAGGCUUUUCAGAGUGUAUUAGAUAUUUUUAGAAUUGCAUUAAUUUUGUUCCUAAGUCAUAUACCACUUGUUUGGAGUGGCUGACUCUAUCAGUGGGUUAAAUUUGUUGCUUUUGCUCCCUGAAGUGGUCUUUAUACAUUUUAGGAGUGAAUUACACAAAAGGAUCUAAAAUGCAUUUUUUAAAAAUGCAUUUUUAGAUUAAAGUGCCUAGUUUCAGAUUAAUGAAUAGAAAAUGAAAAGUGAAAAGGAAUAAUUUUUAAGUGUUAAAAUUUAUAAGCCACAAUAAUUUAAAUCAAUUACAAAAUAUGAAAUUCAGAAUCAUACAAUUUUUGCAUGUACUGUAUAGGUUAGAACAUUAAAUAUAUGAAAUAUUACUCUAAUUGUUCUUGAGUAUAUAACUCCUUUGUGUCUUAGUUUUGUUUUGUUUUCAGUUUGGGGGAUCAAACUCAGGGCCUCAUACAUGCUAGGCAAGUGCUCUGCUGCUGAGCUACAUCCCCAGUCCUCUUACACAGAUUUUUAAAUUAAUAAUUGCCUAUUCAUAAUUCUCACUGAUGGAGGAGUAUUAGAAGUACAAAAAUGGAAAAUUCCAUUAUAUAACAUUUUACUUUUCAUUUAGUAUUGAGUUUUUUCACCCUCUUGUUGAGGUAUCACUGGCUUUGAAUGAUGCACACAUACACAUAUGUGCGUGUGUUCAUUCCCAUUACCUCAUGGGCAGGGCAGUUAUCACUUCUACUAAUUUACUCAACUGAGGCUAAAUGUUUUAUGCCAUGAUUUUUAUUUAUGAACAAAAGCUAUGAGUGAACUUACUAUUUUAUUUAAGAAAGAUACUGUUUGAACUCAAUUUGGAAGAAUUGCACUGUUUAAUAAUGCUGCUAUUAGAUAACCAUGGGGAAUUUAUUUCAUCAGACAAGGUAAAUGGAGUUCUAGGAGAUAUUUGGGUCUCUCCUCUCCUCUCCCCUCCCCCAUACCACCACCUCACAUUUCAAUUUAUUAAAUCAGAAAAAAUUGACCAUCUUCAGGAGGUUAAUUUUUCAAAUUCAGUGCUUGAUUUUGAUGAUUAGUUUUUGAUCAGUUCUGUAGCUACAACAUUACAAAGAAGCUUUCUUUGUGGCCUUUUAACAAAAGGGAUAAGAGUAACCAAAUAGAAUUUCAGGGCAGUAAAUGUAGGAAAAGUCUAUUGUAUGUGAAGAAACAUAACUUUUUUGAAAAGUAAACAUUUUCUAAAAAGAAUAUUUCUGACUGCAGAAGGGUACUGAGAUAUAUAUGCCUCUUUUUAUUUGCCUUAAAACUGGAUUAAGCAGCAAAGGCAAUGCUUUAAAAAAUAAAAUAACACUUAAAUUAGUCUAAAGCCUUUCAGGGUAAAACCCAUCAACUUACUCCUGGUGGUAUUGUCAGGAAAGUACAGUUAACCACCAUGAGUCCCUUCAUUCACUCCCUUCUAUGUAAGUUAAAACAGGGCCUUGGAUUAGUCAGUUCUGAGAAAAUGGCUUUUCCUCCUCUUUUCUGGAAGAAAAAAAAUAAGUGUUCAGAUGAUUUACAUGUUACUUUUUAAAAAUUUUUUCUAGUUUGGUUUGUCUGCAUUUCUUUUUUUUUUUUUUUUUAAACAUCUAACAAAGUAGUUACUUUUUACCCAGAGGUUAACGAUAUGUUACUAAAAUGUCAAAAUUGAACUAACUUUUUAAAAGCUAAGUUUUUCAUACUGUUAUAGUCAGCUCCAAAGAACUUUCUCUUUCUCAUAAAGUAGCAUUCAAUCAUUUGCAUCCAUUUAGAAUCAGUUUUAUUAAUUUGUUGUUAGAUGACUGUAAAAAGUAUUUACAAAUGUUUCUUGCCUUAAGAUGUAAUAUUUUCUACUUAUUCCCAAAAGAGUUAUUAUUUGCAUUACAAAGGAAUUAUUAGUUUAUUGUUCCUUUAAGCCUAGGAAACAGGAAUGCCAAAGUAACAUUUAAUGUACUUCUCUGUGAAAUUUCAUAAUCAGAAAUUUUUAAAUAUGUUUAUAACCCAUUUGCUUUUAUUUUAAUAUGCACAUGUAUUUAGAAAUUGGUUGGGUUGUAAAUUUCAAAGUGACUGUAAGAAUUAGGCUGAAUUCAAUUUUUUUUUUACUUGGAUAAAUCAGAUUAAUAUAAGUAUGUGAGAAUUAAUAAAAAUUUAUAUUAUCUGUGAAAAAUGGAAAUAAGGACAUCUUUACCUUGUUCCUAAUGGUUAUGUUACUGUUUUGGUCUAGUUUGAGAACAACCAUGUUUUAGCUUUACUUGGUUGAUAUCAGUAAAUGUAUUUAUUUCUUAAAUGUAAGAACUGAAUUAAUUUGUGUAAAAAUAAAACACUACAGUAGCAGAAAAAAAUAGCAUUGGCUCUUUAGCCAAAAUAAGCACUAUGACAUGGAUGUAUUUCUAUAACUGCCAAAUAAAAAAGUGAUUGUACACCUAGGAAAUGUAUUGCAUACUUUAAACAAUGUUUAUAUAUAAUUGGAAGGUCACAAUUGUCUCAUUAAACUCUACGCUAUGAGAGCUUUCCAUCUGUAUAUCACCACAUAUAUACAUAUAUAUAUGUGUGUGUGUGUGUGUGUAUAUAUAUAUAUAUACACACACACACACAUAGAGAACAUAGACAGCUGUAGAAGCAUUGAAAUUGAAUGUAAAGAUGUGUCUCUUUAUGUACUAAUGUGGGGGAAAAGGGUAGUUUUGUGAUGAAUAAAGUCAAAGUACUUGUGUUUUAAUUAAAGUGUUGCAGUGGGUAAUGCCA